ACAACGUCGAUUCAUUACUAACGAAAACGACCCAUCUUAUGUACUCAUAAGUUCUUGUUUGGUUUUUCAAUUAAUUCAUUCUCCAUUUCACUAAUUAACACUCAAAAUGGGUCUCUGCUUUGCUUCCCUCGCUCCUCGCCAAACACCUUCUAAUUCUCUUCACGGUUCUGGUUCAGAACGUGAAGGCGAAGGUGUUAGUGGAGGAAGCAGUAACAGUAACAGUGGAAACAACGUUGUGUUUCCGAGUGUGGAAACGAGGAACUUGAAGCAGUUCAAUUUUGCAGAACUGAAAGCUGCAACGAAGAGUUUCAGAUCUGAUGCAUUGCUUGGAGAAGGGGGUUUUGGGAAAGUUUACAAAGGAUGGUUGCAUGAGAAGACACUGACACCAACCAAAGCUGGAUCUGGAAUGGUGGUUGCGGUUAAGAAAUUGAACUCCGAGAGUGUGCAGGGAUUUCGAGAAUGGCAGUCAGAAAUCAAUUUCUUAGGAAGAGUUUCUCACCCAAACCUGGUGAAGCUUUUGGGUUACUGUUGUGACGAUGUGGAAUUUCUACUUGUGUACGAGUUCAUGCCAAAGGGAAGCUUGGAGAAUCAUCUCUUUAGAAGAAACACUAGCACAGAACCACUGUCUUGGGACACCAGACUCAAAAUAGCUAUUGGUGCAGCUAGAGGCUUGGCUUUCUUACACACUUCAGAAAAGCAAAUCAUAUACAGAGAUUUCAAAGCCUCAAAUAUAUUACUUGAUGAGGAUUUCAAUGCAAAGAUUUCAGAUUUUGGCUUGGCCAAAUUAGGGCCUUCUGGGGGAGUUUCACAUGUGACUACCAGGAUCAUGGGCACAUAUGGCUAUGCUGCUCCAGAAUACAUUGCAACAGGACACUUGUAUGUGAAGAGUGAUGUUUAUGGUUUUGGUGUAGUGCUGCUUGAAAUUCUGACAGGGUUGCGGGCACUUGAUAGAAACAGGCCCUUGGAGCAGCAGAAUCUAAUUGAAUGGGCUAAGCCUUCUCUGUCUGAUAAAAGAAAGUUGAAAAGCAUAAUGGAUGAGAGAAUAGAGGGUCAGUAUUCAAGCAAGGCAGCAAUGAAAGCAGCACAAUUAACUCUAAAAUGCCUUGAACGUGACCGUAAAAAACGUCCUCCCAUGAAAGAUGUUCUGGAAACAUUGGAACGCAUACAAGUUAUAAAGGAUAAAAGGAAAUAACCAAAGAAACAUUGUACUAUGCUUCAAACUUUGUUCAAUUCUCAUUACCCAAUUUAUCAUCCUUCUGUUUAGCCCUUCAUCGGAAAGAUAUUGCAUCAACAUGUGUACUCAGCAUGUAGUUAGAUAGCAAUUCUUGUGUAGUUAACUUUGUUUAAGUUAGUGUAGGUGGUAGACCUGUAGGUGCAUGAGUGUUUGUUGAUGUAGAGCUUUGUCCACUGCUCUGUAAAUGUAUCUAGUUUCUACUUAUGUAUUAUCAUCAUUUCGUUUAAAUAUGUUAGGAAGUCAA